AUGCACCUUCUGCUUCUGCCUGCUGGAACACAUGUCCUGUCCGUGUCCCGGUCUCUACCCGUGUCAGUGUGCAUGUCAUCGGUGUGCGUGUCAUCGGUAUCCGUGUGCCGUAGUAUCCUGUUUGGAUCAGGAUGAGCUUCAGGAGUAAGAUCACCUUCCGAAGGAGGAACAGGGAUAAGAGCAGGCGUGUGCGGAACGAUUUCAACCGCCUGAGUGUUGUAUGUAUGCUCUCUCUCUCUCUGUAGUGCAGUGCUAUAGCUUUGUGUUUUUAUUUCCCUGUGCUUCCUGUUCCUCUCGUCGAUCUGGGGUGAAGUUCCCCUUAAGUAAGGAUCUAGGAUCAGAUUACCCAAUCCUAACCUUAAUCAUUAGUUGGUGAAAGGCAAAACUGACCCAAGAUCAGUCUCCAUGGGCAACUUCACUCUACACCGCAUCUGUCCAUCAACAUGAGGCUAACCGACAUGGCACAGGUUGGAGUUGGACAUUGCUAGCCUUUGCCUAAUACUAGUUAGCCAAUUACUCUCUGUUUGACUAUCUGAUCGGUGGGUUGAUAUCUGUAACUGACGGAGACUCAGUAUCUCGCCCUAUGUGUAUCAGAGUUUUUAUCCAGUGGAGUGGCCAUCUACAGUUGAUAGUUUAGUCAUUUAGCAUAUGUUCUUAUCUAGAGCAAUUUAUAUACAUUUUCAUAUUUGUUCGUACUGGUCCCCUGUGGGAAUCGAACCCACAACCCUGGCGUUGCAAGUGUCAUGCUCUGCCAACUGAGCCACACGGGACUACAAUCUACAAACAGUAUUGGAUCUAUAUGUUCACAACAUUUCAACUGGAGAUAUGAGGUUGUCAGCAGGGGACUUUUACACCUCUAUACGAAGUUCCGAUUGUACAAAUGCACUGCAGCAUCCUGACCAUAUUGGUGUGAUGUUGUCUGGGCGAAUAUAGUAACCAAACGUGUAGGUGUCAUGUAGAAUGUAUCAAGCUGCUUUGAGAUUUGAUACAAUGCCCACAACAACGCACUCUGAAGUCUCAGUCAAUACUGAGCUGUUGUUUUACUGAGCCGGUAGUACUUCAGGUGUCAGGGAAGGUAACGUCACUGUAUGACACUAAGAUAGUUUCGGCUGAGUGUUAUCGGCUACAUACUGCCAAUUUCCUUACACUUUUGUGUAAUUUCCCCAGCAGUUUUGUCUAUGUAUCAAUGACACCCUACUCCCUCUCUAGUGCACUACUUUUGACCAAAAUAAAGGGGGACCAAAACUAGACCAAAACUAAGGGGUGCCAUUUGACCUCUCAGUGCCUCUGGUCAGGUCAAGAGUCAAAACUGAGUGGGCCAAACCCACAGUACUGCUCGGUAGGGUGAUCAAGUGAUUUGGCAACAGUGUGAACGAAUGCUGAAUAUGAAAGACUAUUGUUAAUUCAUGUUAUUCUCUGCCCCUCCACCGGUCCAUCUGUAUGAUAAGAUCCCUACUGACUGGAACGACAAAGGGAAAUUAAUAUUUGUUUUAUGUUCAUUUGGAAAUCUCAGCUGAAGACCACCUUCAGGCAAAUGACAUGAUAUAUAUUUUUGUGGGUUUUAUUUAUUAUAUUGAGAUAAGAGGGCUAGAGGAGACAUGAAAGGUAGGAUAGAUUGGGAGGCAGAUUCGAACCCAUGCCGACUGGUAGCUUUGGCUAAAUGUGUGUGCCGCGGCACUAACCGCUGGACCACUAUCCACAGGCCACUCAGGCAAAAGAUAUUGUCUUGGUAGAUAUUUCUGUGAGGUUGACAAAUUCAAUUGUCCUCAGUGGUCAUUCUCUCGUACAGUCUGGUACAGAUCAUACAAACAAAUUGUACGUUUUUUUUUUUUACAGUGGAAUCACAACAAGAUCCUUCCUCACAACAAGGAUUGUUAUGAUUCUGGGUAUUUUUGUCUUUCGUUUUUUCGUCACAUUCUUUGUCAUGUUUUAUGCCUCACUGACUGCUUGGUUAUUACCUAUUUCCCUUGUGUGUGAGGGGUGCAUUCUGUCAGGGGUGUAUUCUCUAGGAACCAAACAGAAGCAAACAGGCUGAAAUGGGGAGGGGCCUAGCUGACCUUGUCCAAUAAGAAACCCUUUUUCCUUUUCAAAACGUUUUGCUACAGUGUGCACUAAAGAAUACACCCCUGGUCUAACUGAACAGGGGCUUAUGGUCGGAACUCAGGAGAAAACCCCUCGCAGUGGGCGUGUGAACCGAGAGAACACAGGUCAUCAGUUUUCCACUUCUCUGACAACAGUUUGUGUUAGCGGUGAUGAAUAAGACAUACUGCUUUCCUUCGAGGACCAAAAUAGCCUCGUCUCAUCAUGUGCAGUCCAUUUCGCUUUCUGUGAAACGCUCCGUCUGGAUGGGAUUGUUGAGACCAUGUGCUGUGCAGAUGUGUAGCCUAACCCUUAACCUAAAACGUAUUGUAAACUUCUGCCUUUGUGCUAUAUCAGCCUAAGGUCAUUUCAGAGCUCGAAUCUCUGAUGUAAUCCAUCGAAAUACUAUUCAGCACCAGAAUCUAAAAAUAAUAGGAGGUGACAUUGAGCCUAUAAUGAAAUAUGUUUUCUGAGCUGUUAUGAUCACUGCUAAUGUGAUAUACUCUCCAUCUGUCCGAAAAACGGUUUCCCUCGACAUGUUUUUGGUUCAGUUCGGUUUGGUUUGGCACAUGACAUGUAACCACUUCAUCCUCUAUUUUACGUCUCUCUUCCCUUUCCCCUCUAGACUGGGGCCGCGUCCCAAAUGGCACCCUAUUCCCUAUACAGUGCGCUACUUUUGGCCAGGGUCUGUGGGGAAUGGGGUGCCAUUUGGGACGCAGCCUUGGUGUUUAUGUAGCCGAUCCAAUGGCGACAGAGUAAACACAGGAAGUGAGGUGGUAGCUCUAGCUCGUUUUUCAUGCCUUGCAAAAAAAAUGAUUCAUGCCCAUCCAGUGAAAGAUAAACAGAUAUUCUGGGUUUUAGACUAUUUGCCUUUCCACACCAUUUGGCUCAUGUUUGAUUUGAAGACCACUUGUUGACUGGCUGACUUUCCGUCAGUAUAUGAUGGGACUGCUGAGUGUUUUGUGUAUCAGUGCAGUUCAGAGUUCAGAGUGGUUUAUAAGUCCUGAUUAUAGAACAGUGUAGAAGCAAAUUGCACUUGGUGUUAGCGUAGUUAUUUGUGUUGCUGACUGUGCAUCUCUGUCUGUCUCGCAGUGUGUUACAGCAGGAUAAGUCCUAGAUGUAGAAGACUUUUCUCUGUGACCUAAUAGUUGAAUAUGUUGGAUAUCCCAUGGUGUGACUGUUAUAAUAGUCAUCAUGGCUGACUGCGCGAUUCUGAUAAUGAGUGUGUUCCGUGUGAGUGUCUGGACCGGGACUUGAAUCCUGUGUCCGCCACUUUCUCAUCUGUGUUUCCCCAAGUGUUUAUUUUACUGCCAUAUGGGAUGAGUCAAGUAAAAUGUCUGUCUGUGUUUGUUCCAGCAGGAGAAACCCAAGCUGAUAGACCCUCUGGACUAUGAGGCUGUGAUCUGUGACCUGGGAGAUGAGCUGAAGGAAGACCCCCUCAGAGAGCUGCUCCUCUUCCCCGACAACGACUUCACGGUGGGUAGGAGCGUGUCUGUGUGUGUGUUUAGGGGGGGGGGGGGGUUGCGUGUGUGUGUGUGUUCGCAUGUGUGUCAGUGAAUGCAGUCCUGUCUCUGUCUGUCACCCACAAAUGGCCUCCUUUCAUUGGGUGUUUGACUGUGUCUGUGUCUGGCUCAUUCCAGCCACCCAAUGUUUUUCAACAAGAAGGAAGGACAGACAGAAACACACACACACACACUAAUUUUGCAUUCUGAACCCCUCAUUCCCCCCAGUGCUUCUGCUCCCCCAAUGUCCUGUGGCUGUUUGCUCAUUCGUGAUUUAAUUAGCGCGCUAAUGUGACUCCUUAAGAACGCCACUUCACAUUAACUGGUUUUAAUUGGUUUUAGGGAAAUGACUCGGCUCUCGAUCCCUGAGUUGAUGUUUAAAUCCAUGACUCUGCUACCGUUACACACACACACACAGGCCCGGCAACCAAACAGUUAUGUUUCAUUUGCUGUGUCUCCAUAGCUCAACCUAAUUGAAAUUCCAAUUAAUUUGCUAAUGGACAAACCUAAUUCGCUUCCAAAACCUAAUAAUGUUUGGGACAACUUCCUUCCUCUGAGUGUGCUGCAUUUUAAACAGCUGACUGCAGACACAGUAAAUCAGAACCAAGCAUUGAUCAGAGAGGGAGGGAACUUGGCUGUUUCAUCAGUGGCAACUUCAUCACUUGGCAACUUUCAAUCUUUCCUGAUAGGUAUGGAUGAUUUAUUUGAGCCUUUUAUUUAAGCCAUUUGCUAUUUUUGACCUCAAUAUUUAUGAAUUAAUUAUAACAACACAGAUGUUGUUCAUCAAGUGCUGACACACUGGAAUAGGGCUCAGUCAUCUGACUGUACAUCAUAGUGGUAAAGACUGUAUCCCCUCAAGCAUUUUCAUAUUCAGACCUGCACAUACUGUAUAUUUUAUCCCAUUCUGCAUAUGUCAGCUUUUACCUAAUCUCAGUAAUCCAAAACCAGCUCUCGAGUGAACUUUGGGCCUCUGGCCAGCUACUGAAUUUGGUUCUAGGGGAAAAGGCUGAGAUGUCAAGUCCACACCCCCUCCGCCCCGACAGUCUUUCACAAGAGAUUAGCUUUUACCUAACAUCAAACUGUCCCUCCCCCUCUGAUGGUUCCUCCCCAUCUGAUUUCUCCUCCCCCUCUGUCCCCCAGGUGUCCACAGUGCCUCUGGAGAGACGGACACUGCAGUCUACCGUGCCCCAGGGGGCCGAGCUCCAGGCCGAGUGUCUGCUGGUCAGACAGGUGAGUGUGUGUGUGUGUGUGUGUGUGUGUGCAUGCAUGUGUGGAAGAGCUCCAUGCUUAGUUGUGUGAUUGAGCUUGGUUGCAGGGGAGGGCUAUUAAGCAGGGCUGACUCCACAUUCAGGCUGGCUGGCAGGCAGGCAGCUAGGCGUGGUGUGGUGGUUGUGUGGGUAAGGGUCAGGACUACAUGUAGUUGUUAGUUUACUUAUCCUCAACACAGAGGUCAACAUCAACAUCAUGAGCCCAUAAGGCAGUGACAUCAGGAGCACAGAUGUGUUCUGUUCCUCCAGGAGCUGUGUGUGUUUCUGUGUGCCUGCGAUUGUGUGUGUGUGUGCGUGUGAGAGAGAGAGAGAGGGAUAGUUUCCGGCUAGCGCUAUGAUUGAAAGUGCAAGCCUGCAGAAAGAGCCUACAUAUGAGAAAGCUCCUAACAUGUAUUCCGUACCCAUGCCUUGGAGUUACUGCUCCCCUUCUGAACCAGUGGGAAAGAGAAGUACAGUUGUGCAGCUUGCUGCUGGAUCAUGUUUCUCUCCGUGGGAAUCAACAGCAUCUGGAGGGAGGGGUUGGGGGCGAUAGAGAUAGAGAUCGAGAAGGGAAUAGAGAGAGGGGAUAGAGAGAGGGUGGAGACGAUGAGAGAAAGAAGAGUAGUACGACGGAGAGAGAGAGAGAGGGAGAGACGACGAGUAGACGAGGAGAGAGAGACGAGAGAGAGACGAGAGAGAGAGAGAGCGAGAGAGAGAGAGAGAGAGAAGGAGGGGAGAGAAGAGAGGGAGAGAGCGAGGGGGAAGGAGGGGAGAGAGAGAGAGCAGGGAUUUUGUCAGCUGCAGCCUGUUGUUUUGCAUGGACUCUGCUCUGCUCUGCUCAACUUAGUUGGGCUGGUCUCUAGAGUAAAUUAGAAGGUUGUCCUUUUCCUUUGUUUACCUGUAUCGGGGGGGUCUUACACAACACUCUUCAAACUUCACCCCUCACGCUCUGUUCUCACCCUAACUAUCCGCCUCGUCUCUCGCUUUCUUGUCCUUAUUUCCCUCUUAAGAACAACCCCUACCGACUACCUCCCCUCUUCACAUCCCUUCCCUUCCCUAUCUAUUCUCUUCUCUUCUUCUACUCUCAUCGUUUUCCCCUCACCAAAUUUUGUAAACCCUAUCCUCCUCUACUUUAUAUAUCCCCGAAUACUCCGCUCUUCAUUGUUGCCGUUAUGCCCGUCACUUUCCUUCCCCACUCCCCCUACCAAUUUUUGUCUCGCCUUUCCCCCUAGUCCGUCCUUUCCUUCCUCCCAUCCCCUUUCUCGUUUGCCUCGUUCCACCCCCCCCCUCAUAUUAGCAAUGUGAAUGACGUCGAUGGUCUUCUACUCAUUUCAAUAUCCUCUUCGUCUUCGUUCUUCCCCUAGAUAACUUUUCUGGGGAGGCAGUGAAGGUUUUCCGUUGAUGCCUAGUGUGUUGUAUGGCAGGGCCAAAUGGCACCCUAUUCCCUUUAUAGUGCUCACCCUACUUCCCAUAGGGCUCUGGUCAAAAGUAGUGCUUGAUAUAGGGAAUAGAGUGGCAUUUGGGAUGCACCCUGGGCCUGUGCGAGAGCAAGGCUGUGUUUCACGAACAUGACUUUAUCCAUCUAGAGUAGUUGAAAAGCUAUUUCUGUUAGUGAUAUUGACAUUUCUCCUCAGUUGACUGUUGUUUUGGAUUUGAUACAGUGUCUCCUUAAUUAUGACAGCUACAUAACCAUGACUUCAACCUUUUUAACCAUGAAACCAUUUCAUAUCUUUUUGAGGAACUUUAGAAAUGCAAAUGAUGAUGACCAUCGUGAACGGAAUUUAGCUUACAUUUCCCCUGUUGUAUUGUCAGUUGAAGAGGUGGGUCUGAUAAGCCUAUGCUGUGACCCAAAUAGCACCCCAUUCCCUUUAUAGUGCAAUAAUUUGUUUUUUUGUUGUUACCCUAUGGGCCCUGGUCAAAAGCAGUGCACUGUAGGGAAUUGGGUACCAUUUGGGAUGCAACCACAGACUGUGUGUGCAUGUGCGCCUGUUUUCAUGCUCUUAUGGUGACAAGUAAUGUUUGAUGGUGAGGCUGAAGUGAAAGACUUGCAGCACAUGCUGGCUAGGAGGAAGUGAUCAAAUUAGCCACCCAUAGUCUCACUCACAUCCUACUGUAGCAGCCUGACUGCAUACGGAAACACACCAGACACCCACCGUCACAGCUUACAGAAGAUUGGUUGUGUGCGAGAGACCAUAGAGAGAGAGACAGAGAGAGAUAGAGCUGUAAGAAAGAGAAUGGCUAUUUAGGUAUGUGCUCCCAGACAUGUGUUAUUGCCUUGUGGAAGUAAAUAUUGUAGAGUGGUCUUUGAAUAAUAAAUGUGAUGAUUGCCAGCUGGAAACUGUAUUUAAGUCAUACAUAAUAAUAAUACCACCACUUCAUACAGAAAAAGAGAUUAGAAUACAAAGAAAAAAAAGGAAAAAAUGAGAGAGAGGAGGAGAGAGAGAGGAGAGAGAGAGAGAGACGAUGAGCGAGACGAGAGAGAGAGAGAGAGAGAAAUAGAGAGAAAGAGUAUGUAGUUGAAGUGUGAGUGAGAGUGCGCUUGUGCAUGUGAGAGAGAAGAGAGCGACAGAGAGAAAGUCUGUAAAUCAAAACGAGCUAGAGCUACCACCUCACUUCCUGUGUUUACUCUGUCGCCAUUGGAUCAGCUACAUAAACACCAAGGCUGUGUCCCGAAUGGCACCCUUUUCCCUAUGGGCCCUGGUCAAAAGUAGUGCACUAUGUAGGCAAUAGGGUGCCAUUUGGGGCACAACCUUAAUGUUGUAGAGGGAGGCAGACUCAGCAGGUUUAUCUUGCAUCACACUGGGUUGUGUGAGGCCUGCUACUCAUGUAAAACAAAUGUGUAAAUUGCCUGUACAUUACCAUUACUGUACCUUGGAUCUACUGAUUCCAAUGGAGAGAGGUGUGUGUGUGUGUGGUGUGGUGGUGUGUGUGUGUGGGUGUGUGUGUGUGUGUGGUGUUGUGUGUGUGUGUGUGUGUGUGUGUGUUGUGUGUGUGUGUGUUGUGUGUGUGUGUGUGUGUGUGUGGGACUACUGUAGGGCUGUAUAAGAGCCACGUUGUGACAGAGAGGAGAUUUCAAGCAUCAAACGCCCAUGCCAAGACACACACACACACAAAUCUCUCUUUUUGUUGAUGAGGAUCUCUUUGCUGAGGAAUGUGAUUGUUUUUCAUGAGUGUGUUUAAAAAUACAGUGGGGAGAACCAAGUAUUGAUACACUGCCGAUUUUGCAGGUUUCCUACUUACAAAGCAUGUAGAGGUCUGUAAUUUUUAUCAUAGGUACACUUCAACUGUGAGAGACGGAAUCUAAACAAAUCCAGAAAAAUCAACAUUGUAUGAUUUUUAAGUAAUUAAAAUGCAUUUUAUUGCAUGACAUAAGUAUUUGAUGCAAAAAAACUUAGGGAAUCUAUUAUACUUGGGCCUCCCAUCCCUCACUGGACCUAGUAGUGGCUGUCCAAUGUGAAGGACAAGAACGAAUGGGCGGGCUACUUUAAGCAAUUGAAUCAGGAUCGCAGUGUAGGAAUUAGGCAAAUGGGGGGAAAGGUGACAUGGAGAUGGUGUGACUGAGGGUCAGAAGUAGACACACGGGCAAUCAAACACCGGAAGAAGAAUUUAAGUCCGAUAUAAAGUAACUAACACUAAUAUAUAUCGGCUAAAAACAGGGUACACUCAAACGCACUAUCAACGAUAUACAGGCCAGCAUGCUCAGGUAUAGGCGAUUCAACAUUCCAGUAUGGCGGUCCGACCACCGACUAAAGUGGUUAGAAAUGGAAAAAGUGAGUGGAUGCGGAGAAAGGCAAAUAGGCAACCGCUAGAUGUGGUGUUGAUGAAGGACAACAACUGUUUGGCGCAAUUAUUAGAAAAGGAAGAUGUUAAGAUGGACGCGUCAAUACCCUCGGUCUGGGGCUCCAUGCAAGAUCUCACCUCGUGGGGCAUCAAUGAUCAUAAGGAAGGUGAGGGAUCAGCCCAGAACUACACGGCAGGACCUGGUCAAUGACCUGAAGAGAGCUGGGACCACAGUCUCAAAGAAAACCAUUAGUAACACACUACGCCGUCAUGGAUUAAAAUCCUGCAGCGCAUACAAGGUCCCCUUGCUCAAGCCAGCGCAUGUCCAGGCCCGUCUGAAGUUUGCCAAUGAUCAUCUGGAUGAUCCAGAGGAGGAAUGGGAGAAGAAGAGCUGGGACCACAGUCUCAAAGAAAACCAUUAGUAACACACUACGCCGUCAUGGAUUAAAAUCCUGCAGCGCACGCAAGGUCCCCCUGCUCAAGCCAGCGCAUGUCCAGGCCCGUCUGAAGUUUGUCAAUGACCAUCUGGAUGAUCCAGAGGAGGAAUGGGAGAAGGUCAUGUGGUCUGAUGAGACAAAAAUAGAGCUUUUUAGUCUAAACUCUACUACCCGUGUUUGGAGGAAGAAGAAGGAUGAGUACAACCCCAAGAACACCAUCCCAACUGUGAAGCAUGGAGGUGGAGAUGCUUUUCUGCAAAGGGGACAGGACGACUGCACCGUAUUGAGGGGAGGAUGGAUGGGGCCAUGUAUCGUGAGAUCUUGGCCAACAACCUCCUUCCCUCAGUAAGAGCAUUGAAGAUGGGUUGUGGCUGGGUUUUCCAGCAUAAAUAAAUAAAUAUAAAUAUGCCAUUUAGCAGACGCUUUUAUCCAAAGCGCAUACAUUUUUACGUAUGGGUGGUCCUGGGGAUCGAACCCACUACCCUGGCGUUACAAGUGCCAUGCUCUACCAAUUGAGCUACAGAGGACCACAGCAUGACAACGACCCGAAACACACAGCCAGGGCAACUAAGGAGUGGCUCCGUAAGAAGCAUCUCAAGGUCCUGGAGUGGCCUAGCCAGUCUCCAGACCUGAACCCAAUGGAAAAUAUUUGGAGGGAGCUGAAAGUCCGUAUUGCCCAGCGACAGCUCCGAAACCUGAAGGAUCUGGAGAAGGUCUGUAUGGAGGAGUGGGCCAAAAUCCCUGCUGCAGUGUGUGCAAACCUGGUCAAGACCUACAGGAAACGUAUGAUCUCUGUAAUUGCAAACAAAGGUUUCUGUACCAAAUAUUAAGUUCUGCUUUUCUGAUGUAUCAAAUACUUAUGUCAUGCAAUAAAAUGCAAAUGAAUUACUUAAAAAUCAUACAAUGUGAUUUUCUGGAUUUUUGUCUCUCACAGUUGAAGUGUACCUAUGAUAAAAAGUACAGACCUCUACAUGCUUUGUAAGUAGGAAAACCUGCAAAAUCGGCAGUGUAUCAAAUACUUGUUCUCCCCACUGUAUCUAUUCUCUUUGUUGUUGUUUUUUUCUGGUGGUAUUUCCUAUGUGUAAUUUGUUGUGUAGUUGUAAGAUGCAGGGCUCCCUUGAAAAAGAGACCAUGGUCUCAAUGGGACUCCCUGUUAAAAUAAUGGUCAAAUAAAUACAUUAAAUAAACACACACAUACACACAGCCAUAUAUACAGACAGAAUCAACUGUGUUAUUCACAGGCAUUAAACAUAAACCUCUCUCCCCUCCUCUUCCUCCUCCUCUUUCUUCUCCUCUAUUCCAGGCCUGCGAGUACUACAACUCCCAACUACACGUGGUCCAUUACAAAUACGAGGAGUACUCAGGAGAUUACCGGCUACUUCCCAGGUACAGAAACAGUCUAUGAAGAAUUGCAAAAAUUCCGGCAAAAUUCCCAGGUUUUCCAGACAUUUUGUGAAAGUUACCAGAAUUUUGCAUCCCUUGUCUAUGAUGACACUUAUGUAUUCAGUACAUUUCCAUGGGUGUGUGUACAUAUUUUCAUUGUUCCACAUCAGAAAAGUACAGUACUUUGCUACUUUAUGUACUUCUAAGUGUCAUGACGUUAUUGAGUUUGGACAGGGCCCACUCCAGGGUUGAACUGUUUUGACAUAGCGUCUUUGUCAGGAACGCAUGCCAGACUUUCCAAAUGCGUACUUCAAAUAAACACUAGGAAAGACGUAGCUGAGAACCUCAGCUAGACCAAAAGAUCCAGGGUCUGUGUCCCUAAUGGAACCCUAUUCCCUAUUUAGUGCACUACUUUUGACCAGAGUUCACUAAAUAGGAAAUAGGGUGCCAUUUGAGAUGCACUAGUCUGCGGUUACAUAACGGGCCUCUCGAAAAAUAGCUCUCUGUGAUGUCAACAAUUGGAACAAAAAAACUAAAUGGUGGACGUCGGUUGGCUGUGUUGUUGAGUGGCAGGCUGUCCAGCUGCAGGGAUGUCAGGGCUGUGAAUCGGUCACUCAACCCCAGGGAGACCAGCCAUCAAAGCAGGGACUCUUUGACCUCUGACCCCUAUCCAGACCACUGGAAUGUUCUCCUGGUCUCCCCAUGGGUUGGUUAUGUUAAAGUCCUCUAG